AUGCCAUCAGGAAACGGUGCCAAAGCUCAACAAAAGAGAGAAAGAAAUUUAAAGAGAAACGAAGGUGCUUCAAGUGCCAAAAGUCAACUAAAAACCAACGAAGCUGCUAAAACUACAAUUUGUAACAUUUGUAGAGCAAGCUUUUUAUGUACUGCUAAAGAAACUGAACUCAGAAUCCACUCUGAUAACAAACACCCAAAGAAUAAAUUUGAAGAGUGUUUCCCAGCAAUGGCCUCUGCUUAA